UGUCGGAACACACACUUCCGGUCCGUUAGCUCACUCCUGAGUGUGACUUCCGUUAGCUUGGAGCGACUUCGAGCUGAAUCUAUCGAAGUGAAAAAACAUCUUUGAUCUUUCUUCUGUUGACACUGAGGACCAGGCAGACAUGUCGAGUCGAGAAGCCCUCAACAUGAAGCUUCCCCCGAUCCAGUCCACGGCCGGAGCCGUGCCGGUCCGGAACGAUAAAGGGGAGCUCUCCAUGGAGAAGGUGAAGGUGAAGAGGUACGUGUCGGGUAAACGUCCCGACUACGCCCCGAUGGAGUCAUCGGAUGAAGAGGAGGAGGACUUCCAGUUUGUGAAGAAGGGGAAGGAGCAGGAGCCCGAGGUGGAGCAGGAGGAAGAGGAGGUCUCUGAUCCACGUCUCAAACGUCUGCUCAACCGUGUCAAUGAAGACGUGGAGGAGAGGCUUGCGAGACACAGACAGAUCGCAGAGCCUGAAGUUGUAGCUGAGAGCAGCGAGGACUCUGAUGAAGGCACAUGGCACCCAGAGCGUGAGGAGAGCAGUGAAGAAGAAGAGGAGGAAGAGGAAGAAGUGGAUGAUGAGGAAAUCGAGCGCAGACGACAGAUGAUGCGUCAGCGAGCCGUUGAGCGGAAGAACGAGGAGAUGGAGGUGAUGGAGGUGGAGGAGGAGGGGAAGUCAGGGGAGGAGUCUGAGUCAGAGUCUGAAUAUGAGGAGUACACGGACAGUGAGGACGAAGCAGAGCCCCGACUCAAACCCGUCUUCAUUCGCAAGAAGGACCGAGUGACGGUGGCGGAGCGUGAAGCAGAGGAGCUGAGGCAGAAAGAGCUUGAGGUGGAGGCCAAGAAGCAGGUGGAGGAACGGCGACGCUACACCCUCAAGAUCGUGGAGGAGGAGGCCAAGAAGGAGUUCGAGGAGAACCGGCGAACGCUGGCUGCUCUGGAAGGUUUGGACACCGACGGAGAGAACGAGGAGGAGGAGUACGAAGCCUGGAAAGUCCGAGAGCUCAAACGCAUCAAGAGAGACCGAGAGGCCAGAGAAACCAUGGAGAAGGAGAAGGCGGAGAUCGACAGAUUCCAUAACCUGACGGAGGAGGAGCGCAGGGCGGAGCUCCGGAACAGCGGCAAGCAGGUCACCAACAAAGCCACCAAAGGGAAAUACAAGUUCCUGCAGAAGUACUACCACAGAGGAGCCUUCUUCAUGGAUGAGGAGGACGACGUCUACAAGAGAGACUUCAGCGCACCGACUCUGGAGGAUCACUUCAACAAAACCAUCUUACCCAAAGUCAUGCAGGUCAAAAACUUCGGUCGAUCAGGUCGCACUAAGUACACCCACCUGGUGGACCAGGACACCACGUCGUUCGACUCGGCCUGGGCUCAGGAGAGCGCUCAGAACAGCAAGUUCUUCAAGCAGAAGGCGGCAGGCGUGAGGGACGUGUUCGACCGGCCCACGGUGAAGAAGAGGAAGACUUAAGACGUGACACCGACUUCACCUGGACCCGGUGCAGCUUCAGAGACUGUACAGAGACCGAGCUGCAGCUUGUGUGGAGGAGGAAAGAGACUGAGUCCACAGCUUUGAUGAACUUUUUAUCUCCCAGGACGACGCACCGUCACUAAAACAUCACGAUUCAUGUUCUGCUCCUCGAACGAAGACUCAGGAGGCAGCUGGUUUUUGUUUUUGAUGAUUCACAGAUUAUUAAUUUCCUGUGGGACCCUCGCUGUGCUUUUGAAUAUAGCUUGAACUCGCCUGUUGCAUCAGAGGACUGCUGCAUUUUGAGGGCGUAUUGUCUAAAAUGUCCUUUGAUAUGAUCACAACCUGAUAACUCAAAGUUUGAAAGCAGUGAGUUGUAAUCUUUACGUCCUGCUUUACUUAUGUUCUCCAUAUUUGUCACAGUGAUGUGUAGUAACGUCCUUUUUGUGAAUAAAACUCGUAUUUUCAUUUCU